GUAAAUCUAUACAUCUUGCCCCCCGCUAACUAAUUAAUUUAUACAAAUUUCCCCACAAACUAAUACUUUUUCCAGAAGACCCCCUCGUCUUUUGUUUUGUUCCAUCACCCAUUCGCUCUCCCAUUUUAGGUGUAAUUCAAAAACUACCCCCAAUUCUAGGGUUUCUUUCACUUCUCAGUCCCGUCUUCCUUCCUUCUCAAUUUCCGUCUCCCUUCUCCUAAAUUACAAGUUCAGGGUCCGAGGAAGAGUCCGACCACAAGGGUCUAUUGUACGCAACCUUACCUUGCAUUUUUGCUAGAGGCUGUUUCCAAGGCUUGAACCCGUGACCUACUGGUCACAUUCUCUAUUACAUAUACUUCAAAAAAGAACAGAAAGUAAAUGUUCUAAGAUAUUGUCGACUCACGAUAAUUUUGUAAGCUUGCCCUUUUUUCAAAUCUAAUAUUCCCUCUAAAGGAGCUAAAAAAUUAAACCAUACAUAGCUUUCCACUAUUCAUUCAUCAUGCUUAUGUUGGUGAGCAAGAUUUGAACUUUGUUAAUUAGGUUACCCCUCUAAACUCUUCUGUGCAGUUAUGUGAGAAGCAUAUUUCUCUAGAUACGGAGUAAAGGAGAUAUAGGAAGAAUGUAAGAUUAUGAUUUUGUGAAACUGUUUUUAUUAGAAUUCCUCUAAGGUUCUGCUUGAUACUUAACACCCAGAUCUACUUAUAUAUAUAUAUAUAUAUAUAUAUUUUAAUUAGUUUCUACAAGGAGUGCCCACAUGCCAAUUUCGACUCAAUCUACUAGCCUUCCUAUCGGGCGCCAAUAAAAGAGAAAGUUUUCGCACGGGCUCAUCAUCUAAUGUAGAACCGAUGCAAGAGGAAGAGUCGGGAAUUGAUAGCUUUCAAGAACCAAUGGAAAGGAAAGCUUUCAAUCUACUGAUGGGCCUUAUCGCUAAAGAAGGGGGAGCCUAUUGAAGUUUUCAAAAAGGGAAUUGGGAAUCAUCCUAGUACACUAGAAAAAAAAAUCAGAAUAUCCUAGAAUACCUCGUGUCCGGGCUCCAAAAAAAUUUCAAACAUUUCUUUUCAGCUUUCACUGAUUGAGUCACUCAAGGUUUCCACCAAAUUUGUUUGGCAAUUAAGUACUUAUUAAGGACCCGUUUGACCAUAAAAAAAUAUUCACUUUUUUAAGGAAUAAUUUUCACUUUAUUUGAACUUCAGAAUCAUAGUUGAUGAUAACAUCACUGUGCCUAUCUUUAUUAUAGAACCGUAUGUGAGACUUUCACCUCAUACGGCUUCUCAAAGGUCACAAAUAAAUCUAAGGGUCCUUUCCUAUUCUUUAUCUUUGUCAGAUAGAGUCAAAGUCUAUCCUAAGGUCCCAAAUAAGACCAAUGGAAUUCUAUCUGCUAUAUUUAAAAUUAAUAAAUACGUGCUUCUGAAUUGAUUUCAUCUUUUAAGAAUUUUAAUCUAUGUUUCUCGGACUUCAAAAAUUUCGACUGGUGCGGGUCGUAUUCUCCAAAAGUAGUGCAUUUUUGGAGAAUCUGACAUCGGUGCGGCAACAUUUUUGGAGAGUCUGAGCAACAUAGAUUUUAAUUUUGCUUUGUUGAUUAAUAACCUUAUCAUUAAGCAAAAUAAAUGAAAUGCACUUUAUAGCAAUAUCACAUAUACAUGAAACCUCGAGUUUUCAAUUAAGAAAAAAGUUAGAGAGUCCAUUAGUUAAUGAAUCAUGAAUUUUUUUUGUCUCUCUGAUUAGACAUAGAAAAAUUUCACCAAUGUUUGUGUUACUCAAGCCGACAUUCUCGCUUCCGCUUCGUCCACCACCGCUCACGCUUCUCUCUAAAGUAGAACGCUCCCCUACCGGUGUAUUUUUACAUCCCAUCGCUAAGCCCCGUUCAUCUUCGGCUCAAAAGCGCUUUGACCAUGAAAAUUCCAAAUCCAACUUGAAGUUGUAUUUCAAAUUUGAAAAACAACUUAUCACCUGUUUUCCAACUCACUUUUCACUUUUGAAGUUGUAUUUAAGUACAUCCCAGUAUAAACAUUUUUCAAAUAUUUUUUGCAACAAGUAUAACCAAACACAACUAUAUCUUCAACUCCAUUUUCAUAAAUUCCAAAUAAUGUGAAAAAUGUUUGGAAUCUUUGGCCAAAUACCUACCAAGAGUUUCUUCUGUAUUUUUAGUGUUCAGUUACUAGGUGGUCGAGCAUUGUCUAGUUCCCUAAUCAGGAUUGUAUUUAUUACUUUGUACUAUCUUAUAUUUUUCUUAGUUUUAGUAUUACUUGUUAUUUCCUUUUCUUUAGUUUUCGUAUUAUUCGUUGCUUCCAUUUGUUCUCUUUUAAUUAUUUUCCGCAUGACUUAUUCGCUAUUUUAUUUGCUUUACAUACUUGCUUUUUGAUACUUGAGCCGAGGGUCUAUCGGAAACAACCUCUCUAUCUUCACAAGGUAGGGGUAAGUUUGCUUACACAUCAUCCUCCCCGGAUCCCACUUGUGGAAUUACAUUGGGUAUGCUGUUGUCAUUUGGAUAAAGAGAUGAUGAGCAAUAUGUCUGCAGACCUACUUUAGUUGUAUGCUUGCAAAUUCAGAUGAGUUGAGUUCCUCAUAUGAGUGCUGAUGCAUCAUAUUCUCUAGAAUCAUCCUUCUUACAUGGCAUCUCACACGAUGAACGAAAUAAGAUAACUUUACUAGAGGAACAUCGACACUGGUCAUUUUUAAGUUUUUCUUUUCCUGACUUGUUUCCUAUUGGCCUUUGAAGAUUUAUGCCAUGGUGAAGGGAAAGCUUAUUUUAAUUUGUCAGUCUGGUGGUGAAUUUGUGAAUGAUGCCGAUGGAAACUUGUCAUAUAAGGGAGGAGAGGCAAAUGCCAUCAAUAUAAAUCAAGAUACUCCAUAUGAUGAUCUCAAGAUAAAAUUGGCAGAGAUGUGUAAUCUGGAGCUUACGACAGUGUCAAUUAAGUAUUUUCUUCCAAGAAAUAGGAAAACUCUUAUUAAUUUAAGGAGUGAAAAGGACUUCAAAAGAAUGGUUGAGUUUCAUGCUAAUUCUGUUACAGCUGAGAUUUUUGUCAGCGGGAAGGAAGGUUUUGAUCACAAUGCAUUGAACACGUACACUGAGAGGACAAUUGGCUUAAAACUGGCUGAGAACGUAAAUCAUCAUCGCACACCUGCAGGUGCUGCUGAUUCUGGUGGUCUGAGUACAACACCUUCUAAGGCUACCCCACUAAGGACUGUUCGAACAGCUGCUGUCUCUCCUCUAACUAUUCAAAGCGAUUGUCUGGUCGAUGUACAUAUCAGCUGCCAGGAACCUGCUAUUAAUACAGCAGCUGAAAGCCCCAGUCAAGCCACUACUUCGUCAAACCCUUCUUCUGGCCAUGUUGCUGAGGAUGAUUCUGACUAUGCUCCACGUUCACGUGCUGCUGUUAGUAGUACUGCCCAGAACCCAAUUAGCUUUGACUAUGAUGCUACCCCUGCUGAUACCGUGAAGAAGCGCAGGCGCACUGCUUCCUGGAAAAUUGGUGCCAAUGGUCCAACCAUUGUUGUGACCGAUAAUGAUUCUAAGGAGAAAUCGCAAAAGAAGAAGAGUCGAAGUUCAACUGGUGUAAUGGUGGGAAAUGACAUGGUGGAGGAUGAAGAUGGUGUUCAAUUACCUGAUAAUUUUGACAGUUCCUCUCCAAUUACUUUGCGUGAUGAAGAUCUGCCAGAGAAGCUAGUUGCCACUUGGAAAGAAGGUAUUACUGGUGUUGGUCAGGAUUUUAAGAGUGUGAAAGAGUUCCGGGCUGCACUGCAAAAGUAUGCUGUUGCUCAUCGCUUUGUCUACAAGUUGAAGAAAAAUGAUGCUGCCCGUGUAAGUGGCAGGUGUGUGGUAGAGGGUUGUUCUUGGAAAAUUCAUGCAUCUAGGGUCCCUGAUGCUCAAACAUUUAGGAUCAGAAAGUAUAAUGAUUUGCAUACAUGUGAAGGCAAAUCCUGGAAGUCUUCUCAUCGUACAAGGAAUUGGUUGGUAAGUAUCAUCAAGGAAAGGUUACGAGAUUCUCCAAAUGACAAACCCAGGGAAAUCGCUAAAAGCAUUUUGCGUGACUUUGGGAUUAAAUUGAGAUAUUCUCAAGUAUGGCGAGGGAUGGAAGAUGCGAAGGCGCAACUUCAAGGUUCGUACACAAAGUCAUAUAACAGGUUGCCUUGGUUCUGCGAAAAGGUAGUAACUACUAAUCCUGGAACUGUUGUUAAGCUUGUGCUAGAUAAUGAAAAAAGACUUCAGCGUUUCUUUUUCUCACUUCAUGCCUCAAUACAUGGUUUCAAGCACGGUUGCCGACCCCUUAUUUUCCUUGAAUCUACAUCUCUAAGAUCAAAGCACAAGGAGACUCUUAUGACAGCAACUGCAGUUGAUGCAGAUGAUUGUUUCUUUCCGGUUGCUUUUGCAGUAAUAGAUAUUGAAAAUGAUGAUAGUUGGCGUUGGUUUUUGGAGCAACUAAAAUCUGCAUUAUCAACUUCUCAUUCUAUAACUUUUAUUUCAGAUCGAGAGAAGAAUUUAAAGAAUACUGUGCUUGAGGUGUUCGAGAAUUCUUUUCAUGGCUAUUCCAUUUUUCAUCUUUUGGAAAGCUUCAAGAGAAAUAUGAAGGGUCCAUUCCAUGGUGAUGGGAGGGCUGUUUUACCUGAAAUUUUACUUGCUGCAGCUCAUGCUGUCCGACUUAGUGGUUUUAAAAGUUCGACUGAGCAAAUUAAACAGAUUUGUUCACACGCAUAUGAUUGGUUGAACCAGAUUGAGCCGGAGUGCUGGACGAGUUUGUCAUUUAAGGGUCAGCACUAUAAUUAUAUCACAGAGAAUAUUGCAGAACCGUACUCCAAGCUGAUUGAUGAUUCUCGAGGAUCAACAAUAAUGCAAAAGAUAGAAGCCUUAAUAUGUAUGCUUGGUGAUCUAAUAGAUCAUCGUAAAUUGGAGUCAAGUAAUUGGUCCACCAAACUUACUCCAUCAAAAGAGAGAAAGAUACAGAAAGAAGCUGCUAAGGCCCAUGGUCUAAAAGUUCUAAUCUCUUCUGAUGUCUUAUUUGAAGUUCAUGAUGAGAUGACUCACGUUGUGAAUACUGAAAACCGUGAGUGCACGUGCUUGGAGUGGAAACAAAGUGGGCUGCCUUGCUGCCACGCAGUGGCUGUGUUCAACUCUAUUGGUAAAUGUGUGUAUGAUUACUGCUCGAGUUACUUCAUGGUUGAAAGUUACCAUUUUACAUAUUCUGCAUCUGUAAACCCGAUACCUGGGAUUGGAACACCAGUUGAAGAAGAUGGCGAGCCAGAUACUGCGGAUGUGCUACCCCCUUGCCCUCCAGAUUCGCCGAUAGAGGAAAAACCAGAGGAGACCAAAACUGUAGACCCAGAUAAGAGGACAGUAACUUGCAGCAAGUGCAAGGAACCAGGACAUAAUAAAGCUUCAUGCAAGGCCACCUUAUAGGCCCUUUGCUCCCCCUUGUUUGCAUCUUGUACAGCUCGUAUAGUUACAUGGUAGUGACUUGUGAUGUAUUGCUCAUCGUUGUGCUCUGCAUUUCUACAGUAACAUUAUUGAUUUAUUUCCAUUUGGAAAACCAUAAUCUGGGUUUUGAACUCAGAAAGCAAGGUGUAAGAUGAUGGUAAUAUUCUUAGUAUCAAAAGGGUAGGAAGCUGUUCUCGUAGCUUGUCUGUUGCGAAAAUGUUUUUUAUAUUCAGAUGAUCAAUUUGUGAAAUGUUACUUGGCAUGUGAUAAACUCUCAUUUUACUAGAAGUGAGUGAAUAAUGAUGAUUUCUUGGAUUGGACGAA